AUGAGUUACCAGAACGGCAUGGCGGCCCCCCGCGCCAUUGAGGACGACAGCGAUGUCGAGGAGGAGGCCCUUGUCGCCGACUACAGGGAGCAGGUCCAGUACGAGGGCGGUAUGGAGGAACUCGACCAGGCCACUCUCGCUCAGCAGGCCGACGAGAUCCAGUCUCGCCUAGUUCAGGCCGCCCAGCCGCUGGACUUCCAGGCGACCCUUGAAACCAAGUUUCAGAGCUACGACAAUUACUGUGCCCUGUUCCACUACAUCCUCAACUCAGACGGGCCCGUGGAUCUUGAGCCACCAUCGUACUACUGGGCGUGGGAUGUGAUCGACGAGUUCAUUUACCAAUUCAACACAUUCUCCUCGUACCGGGCGCGGAUCGCGAGGCAAGCGAACAAUGAGGAGGAAGCCCAGAUUCUGCGCGACAACCCGAACACGUGGGGUUGCUACAGCGUGCUCAAUGUGCUCUACUCCCUGAUCCAGAAGUCGCAGAUCCUCGAGCAGCUCACGGCUAUGAGGCGGAACGAGGACCCCAUGGCGGUGGCCGGCCCGUACGGCGCCAAGAACCUCUACCGUAUGCUGGGAUAUUUUUCCAUCAUCGGACUCCUCCGCGUCCACUGCCUUCUUGGAGACUUCAGCCUCGCGCUUAAGACGCUCGACGACAUUGAGCUGAACAAGAAGGCCAUGUUCGCCCGUGUCAUGGCCGCCCACUUCACCACCUACUACUACGUGGGUUUCUCCUACAUGAUGAUGCGCCGCUACGCCGACGCCAUCCGCAUGUUCAGCCACAUCCUGGUCUACGUCUCGCGGACCAAGAAUUUCCAGAAGAACACGCAAUACGACUCAAUCUCCAAGAAGAACGACCAGAUGCUCGCCUUGAUCGCCAUCUGCGUUGCCUUCCACCCCACCCGCCUGGACGACACCAUCCACACCGCCCUGCGCGAGAAAUACGGCGACCAGCUGCUCAAGCUGCAGCGCGGCGGCCCUGAAUCGCUGCCCAUCUUUGAGGAGCUCUUCAGGCAUGCCUGCCCCAAGUUCAUCUCGCCGGUGCCUCCCGACUUUGACAGGCCCGAGGCCAACAUCGAUCCCAUCGACCACCACCUGUCCGUGUUCAUGGAAGAGGUCAAGACCAACAUGUGGAGCCCGACCCUCAAGUCGUACCUGCGCCUCUACACCACCAUGGACCUGAAGAAGCUGGCUGGCUUCCUCGACGUCAAGCCCGAGGAGCUGCGCUCGUGGCUGCUCGUCAACAAGCAGCGGACGAAGCAGCUGCGCUGGACCGACAACGGACUCCUGGAAGGUGAGCUGGUCAACAUUAGCGAUCUUGACUAUGCGCUGCAGGGGGAUAUAAUUCAUAUCUCAGAAGCGAAGAUGGGCCGCAAGCUGGUUGACUGGUAUCUGCGCAACCUCUCGCGCACUUACGCAUGA